GGGCCGUAGCUGUGCGCAUGCGUGCGCACUGCGCGCAGGGAAAUGGCAAGCAAGAAGAAAGAACUCCAGCUGCAGGCAGUACUAACCACUCAAAGUCAAUGGGAGGAAAUGGUGCUGACUAAAGGUGUAACAGUAAUAGAUGUAUAUCAAGCUUGGUGUGGACCUUGCAAAGCUGUGGUAAAUUUAUUCAGAAAACUAAAGAAUGAGUAUGGUGAAGACGAACUUUUGCAAUUUGCAGUGGCAGAGGCUGACAACAUUGUGACUCUGCAACCUUUUAGAGACAAAUGUGAACCUGUAUUUCUCUUCUGUGUUGAUGGCAAAAUUAUAGCAAUAGUGAGAGGUGCAAAUGCCCCACUUCUCAGUAAGACAGUAAUAGAGCUAGUGGAAGAAGAGAGAAAAAUUGUAGCAGGGGAAAUAGAACGUCCUGAGGUAAAAGAACUGGUAUUUUUAGAAGAGAAAAAUUCAGAUGCAUUUGCUGAAGGAAGCCAGCUUGAUGAAGGAGUCGCAUACACUGUUGCAAUUAUAAAACCUGAUGCUGUUACUGAUGAAAGAGUGGAAGAAGUUAAACAAAAGAUUAUAGAAGCAGGCUUUGGUAUUGCAGCAGCAGAGGAGAAGAUUCUAACUGAGGAGCAAAUUAGAGAGUUCUACAGUCAUAAGACAGAACAGCCUGAUUUUGAAGAUUUUGUUCAGUUCAUGAUGAGUGGACCAUGCCAUAUUCUGAUAGUUUGUCAAAAGCAAGCAGCUGAUGAUAAUAUUCCUAACUGGAAAGAGCUAAGUGAAUCAGAUGAGAAUCUACUUGAAGAGUCUGAGUCCCAAAAGCUAAGCAGGUUGGGAGAAGUCUUGGAAAAUGAAAAUAUGUUAAAUGUAUGUGAUGUCCAAGACAGCAUAGAAGAGGCUAGUAGGCAACUUGCCUUCUUUUUCCCAAAUUUUGGUAAAAAGAAGACAGGCCAAAAUGCUGAAAGAACAUUGGCUUUAAUUAGACCUUCUCUCUUAAAGGAAAAUAAAAGUACUGUUCUGCAAAGGAUUAAGGAUGAUGGCUUUACAAUUGUAAUGCAGAGAGAAGUAGUUUUAACAGAAGAACAAGCACGAGAGUUUUACAAAGAGCAUGAAAACGAAGAUUAUUUCCCAACACUUCUAGAACAAAUGACCAGUGGUCCAACUCUUGCUCUUGCAUUAGUACGAGAAAAUGCUGUACAACGCUGGAGAGAUCUGCUUGGCCCAAAGACUCUUGAAGAAGCUAAGGAGAAGUGUCCAACCAGUUUACGUGCAGAGUAUGCAAUAGACAAUGUACCUCUCAAUCAGCUGCAUGGCAGCUCUUCACCUGAUCAGGCUCAGAAGGAAUUAGAUUUCUUCUUCCCUAUGGAACACACUUUGGCAGUAAUAAAACCCUCUGCUCUUAAGGAACAUAAAGAUGACAUAAUUCGAGAAGUUACAAAUGCUGGAUUUAUUGUAUCGAAGAUGAAGGAAACAUGUUUUACUCAUGAAAUGGCAGAACAGUUUUAUAAAAAUCAUGAAGGGAAACCUUUUUUUGAUCAGUUAGUGAAUUGUAUGUCUGAAGGUCCAUCAAUGGUAAUGAUCCUAUCUAAGGAAAAUGCUGUGGAGGAGUGGAGGCAAUUAAUGGGUCCAGCUGAUCCAGAAGCGGCAAAAAUGUGUUCUCCCAAUUCAAUUCGAGCACAGUUUGCACAAGAUAUUUUGCGUAAUGCAGUUCAUGGAUCAUCCAAUAAGGAACAUGCAUUGAAGAGCAUUGAAUAUGUAUUUGGAGAAAUUAAUUUGGAAAGCCUAAGUCACAAAUAAGAUACAGUUUAACAGUUAAAAUUUAUACCAUAAGACAGUUAUUUCCAGAUAUAUAUCUGUGUUUAUGCUAUAUAAAAGGCACUAAUAAAAUUAUUUCUCCUUAUUAAAAUAUUUUGUUACCAAGUAGUAACAUUAGAG